AUGCCCAGACGCGGCCGCCCACCCGGCAGACGACCACGUCCGCCUCGCGACCGCAGCUGCAGUACGUGUGGCGAGGACCACCAGGGAGACGGAGCCGGUCAACUGCCAGGAUACUUCGGACACGGCAACCUGGGCGAGGUGGAAGGACCAGAAUUUUAUCCCGAUCCAGUAUCCGGAUGGCCAAAUGGCCCUAGACGGGGCGGCAGAGGAGGUCGCGGAAUAGGUUCCCGAGGAAACAACAACAAUAACGCCGAUGUCAGUGCUAACGCAUGGAGCGCUGCCAACGGCAGUGGCUUCGAGGUGUGGAAUAACGGCCGGCUGGUCGCUAGUAGUGGCGACCCCGUGACGCGCAGCGCAGCAGGUCAGGGUGUGGAGGAUUUCGCCUUUGACUUCGACGACGAAGACUACUACUCUGACGAUCUCGACGGCUUUGGAGGCGGUUUAUUCCGAAGAAGACCACUUACAGGUUCUCGAGACGAUCCGCUCGGUAGAGGACCUCGCCGGACACGACGUCGGUUUCCCCCAGGCGUGGAAUUUGACGAUGUCCCCGCCUGGCUCUUUGACGAGUUCGACGACGACGAUGAUUUUGACACGAUGGGCCCUUCUGGCGGUCGACCGCCACGGAGACGAGAGGGAGGACCUCGACGAGGUGGUGGUGGCGGAGGCGGUGUCAGAAUCACGCGACACGGAGGGGCUAUCGUGGUCGACAACGAAUUCGGGGCUCCGCCUCGCCGAGGUGGAGGGUCAGGUGGCCAUCGUCUAGAUCCUGACGAAGGCUACGAUGACGAUGAUGACUACAGUGACUUCGACGAUGAUUUUGUGGGAGGCGGCUUUGGAAUGGGGGAUGGCGAUCGAGUGAUGCGGCUCUCGAAUGGAGGGACGCUACGUAUUCACCAGGGCUGA